ACCUGGCUGAGGUGUACUGAUGACAGUAAGAAGACAAAUAGAAGAGGGAGAAACACCUUCAGCGCACUUUCAGGUGUGAGAGUACAGGUGGAUCUCCAAUAAUUCAGCAGUUGAUCACUACAAAACGAGGCUGGGCUUCACAUCCCCUGGUUGCAACCUUUUCAUGACGUCGAGCCAGUUGUUUUGGUCCCCUCUGCCCAAUCGGAGGCUCCUCUCAACAUUCUACCGGAGCCGAAAUGGAUCUAUUCAUGCAGCGGCUCCGUCCUCUCGUAAGGACCAGAACGCCCUUUGUCAGGGGCUCCAUGCUGCUACCUGACUGCUGCUGCUGCUUUAAACGGCAGCACUGACAUGGAAACCCCAUUACAGCUGCAGAACGAUUUCUUUCCAGAGCAGCAGCAGCAGCAGCAGCAGCUCCAGCACUGUAAGUACCAGCACUACUGCGGGCGGGAGGAUCGGCUCAGCAAGCAGCACGACCAAUGCUGCACCUGCAAUAACUGCACCUGCGAUGCGCGCAAAAGCCUCGUCUUUCGCGGGACGUCGCCGACCACUGUGGGAACUUUAAGGACACCUUCGGAAACGUCUUCGAGGCAAGGUUGUCAGUACAGCGUCUGCGAGUUCACACCCUCUAGUCAUGGUAGUUCAUCCAGACAUCAUCAUCCUCACCAUCAGCAGCAGCAGCAGCAUUGCCGCGAUAGGCAGCAGCGGGGCAGCCUGGGCAGCAGCCACAAAGACAGUAACUCCUACAAUGAAAUAGCCAUGAGCAGCUGCAGAUACAACGGCGGCGUAAUGCGGCCGCUGAGCAACUUGAGCUCGUCCCGCAGAAACAUACACGAGUUUGAUUCCGAGUCCCAGCCUUUGCAGCCCAUCUCAGCCGCAGAUGCGUCGGACACUUUAGUAUCCAAGCCGGAGAACAAUUCCACCACCCUGAUGCCUUACGCAUCGGGAGACGGAGGGGGAGGCUGCGGCCACAGCGGCGGCAAAUCGGGGAAAAAGAAGAACCAGAACAUUGGGGAGAAGCUGGGGCACAGGAGGGCCUUGUUUGAGAAGAGGAAGCGGCUCAGCGACUAUGCUUUAAUCUUUGGGAUGUUUGGGAUCGUUGUUAUGGUUAUAGAGACUGAACUCUCAUGGGGAGCCUAUGGAAAGGAAUCCCUGUAUUCAUUAGCUCUAAAAUGCCUGAUAAGCCUUUCUACAAUCAUUCUCCUGGGGCUGAUUAUCAUCUACCAUGCAAGGGAGAUACAGCUAUUUAUGGUGGACAACGCAGCUGAUGACUGGAGGAUAGCCAUGACAUAUGAGCGCAUCUUCUUCAUCUGCCUGGAGAUCCUGGUGUGCGCCAUACACCCCAUCCCCGGGAACUACACCUUCACCUGGACAGCACGCUUGGCCUACUCCUAUGUGCCAUCCAAGACGGAUGCGGACGUGGACAUCAUCCUGUCCAUCCCCAUGUUCCUGCGGCUGUACCUCAUCGCUCGCGUCAUGCUGCUGCACAGCAAGCUGUUCACCGAUGCGUCGUCCCGCAGCAUUGGGGCACUCAACAAGAUUAACUUUAACACACGCUUUGUGAUGAAGACCCUCAUGACCAUCUGUCCCGGCACUGUGCUGCUGGUCUUCACCAUCUCGCUAUGGAUCAUCGCUGCAUGGACAGUGCGAGCUUGCGAGAGGUACCAUGACAACCAGGACAUAACCAGCAACUUUCUCGGAGCCAUGUGGUUGAUCUCAAUCACGUUUCUUACCAUUGGAUAUGGAGAUAUGGUCCCGCAUACGUACUGUGGGAAAGGAGUCUGCCUCUUGACUGGCAUUAUGGGCGCUGGCUGUACUGCCUUGGUGGUGGCUGUGGUGGCGAAGAAACUGGAGUUAACCAAAGCUGAAAAACACGUUCACAAUUUUAUGAUGGACACCCAGCUAACAAAAAGAGUGAAAAACACAGCUGCGAAUGUUCUCAGGGAGACGUGGCUCAUCUACAAGAACACCAAACUGGUGAGGAAGAUGGACCACGCCAGAGUCAGGAAGCACCAGAGAAAAUUUCUCCAAGCCAUUCACCAAGCUCGAAAAUUGAGAAGUGUUAAAAUGGAGCAACGCAAGCUGAAUGACCAAGCAAACUCACUAGUGGACCUUGCUAAGACUCAGAACAUCAUGUAUGACAUGAUAUCGGACUUGAAUGAACGAGGAGAGGACAUGGAGAAGAGGAUUGCCCUGCUGGAGACAAAGCUGGAGACUCUACUGAGUAACUUACAAGCUCUGCCUGGACUCAUCAGCCAGGUGAUCAGCCAGCAGCACAGGGACUUCCUGGAGGUGCAGCUCCAGCCUUACGACAAACACAGCCCUGAGCGCUCACAGUCAGUGUCCCGACGGAGGUCGUCCUCCACAGCACCACCCACCUCCUCCGAGAGCAGCUAGAGUCCAAGGGGAAUGCCUCCACUGAAGACUUUUGCCAUCAUAUGGCCAAGUUGCAUUUAUCGUAAAGCCUUAUGGUUUCAAUAAGUAUUAUCCAAAUUCUGAUGACAGAAUCCAAGACACUGGGGACAAUGCAUUUUAAUGGAUAACUUCAUGCUGUUAUUUGUUUUUUAUUACCUCAAAAGAUGUUGUUAUCCUUGCUCUGGUGACAUGACCACAAAUAAUGGCGCUUCCCUCAGUAAAAACUAAAAGGCCUAUCGAUGGGGCUGUGAUAAGAACUCUACUCCAUCUCUAUGCAGAGGUAGCCAGUUUUAGGUGGCAAGGUUACCAAGUGUGAAACUAUUGCACUAAAAUAGUGCUUCUCACAGACUUUGUGCUUCUGCUGGCUUGAUUCAGUUGCUGUGUUCCUCGAUGCAAACUGAGAGACCACUGAGAAAUCAGUCAGGGAGCAUGUCAGUGAUACUGAGGAAAAGUGCUGUGUUUUCUGGACUGGAGUGAACCGACAGCAGAAGGCAGAUGAAAAUCGCUCCUACACACUGUCACUCAGAGAUAACUUAAAAAGCUUGAAAUGAGGAAAAAAAAGCAUAUAUCUUUUAGGUUAGAGACAGCAUCAACUAUAGCGGUUUUCUUUUGCAGAGUGCCCCUGUAGAAUGACUAUUUUUGGGGCGACGUUGCAAAUAAUUUAAUCCUCUAGUCAAAAUGAAUGCAUCGAAAUCUGUACUUGCACUUACUUUUUAAUCAAUGCACUUCAAUGCUGACUGACAUAUGAUAUAAAGAUGCGUUGCUCAUUAAAAAGAAGAACAUUUGAGAUGUUUGGGCAUGGGUUAUUACUGUCAACUCUCAAGUUGUGGCUAGUGUUGAUGAAUCAAGUCAAAGCCCCUUUUCUGUUUCUCACAAAGAUGCAUUCACAUGGACCUCUGAGGUCUGUAGGAAUGUAUCGGUGAUCAUAAAUUCAGCAACUCUCCUCCUGUCUUGCUGUGUCUCACCUCCUGUCCUUCUUUCUUGUGCUAUUUAUGCUUGCUGUCAUCCCAGCUGGACAACAACAAAAUGCUGAACAACAACCGUAAACCGUAUCUACCUUUUAAAAAGAAAAUGCCUAUUUUUAUAUAUUUUGACGAGGACAAGCACACCUCUUACAACUAAACAAACAACAACGAGGAUCCACGAGGCAGCAGAUUCAGCAUAUCUAGCACACGGCUUGAGAUAUAUCGGACUGGAGUUAAGACACAUUAAGAUGUCUGUGAGGUACUUUCCUGAACUGAUUUAAAAACUGCAUUAUUCCUCCAACUGCAUUUUUUUUUAAAGCAAAUGCUUCAGAUGACACUGUUGGCUGAGCUGGAAGAGCAGAACUGGUAAAUCCACCCACAGUGGCCAGUUAUUCAUUAGAUUCUGACGUUUUAAUGUCCAAAAUAGAAUAAUUUGAUUUGACUCAAACGGCCUCCUCAGCCAUUCAAACUGUUUAUUUCUAGAUAAACUGUGUGAAAAGCCCUUGAGGUGGCCGAUAUCCCAUCCAGACAUUAAUAUUCAGCGUAUGACUGUGGUUGUUCAUGCAACUUUUCGAGGUUCACAGCAUGGGUCAGAGGAGAUCACUCAUCUAAUCAGCAGCACUGGUAUCGUUCAACCAGCUCACCCACAAAACCAAUAAAUCAAUUAGAAGGUCAACAAAGCAACAGAUGUUCAGUCCACAAACUUUAGCAGCAUAGAAACCAAUGAGAGAUGAUACUGUAUGCGAAUUAAACGAUAAACAAUUAAACAAUAAAAAUACACAAUUUAA